AUGGGGAAUUGCAUCGACACCACGGCGCGGGUAGAUCACAGCAUGAACAAUGCUGCCUACCCAUCAAAAGUGACCAGCAAGACAAGUUUGUCAUCAGUCCCUUCCUCAAUUAAGAGCAACUCAACUCGUUCAACUUUGACUCUUCCAUCAAUGAGAGAUCGAAGUGAGCUUCCUACUCCUCGGACAGAAGGUGAAAUCUUGUCAUCUUCUAAUUUGAAGGCAUUCACGUUCAAUGAUCUGAAAAAUGCAACCAAGAACUUCCGACCGGACAGUCUUCUUGGGGAAGGAGGGUUUGGGCAUGUCUACAAAGGUUGGAUUGAUGAACACACGCUUGCUCCUUCAAGACCAGGGAGUGGUAUGGUAGUUGCUGUGAAGAAGCUUAAACCAGAAGGUUUUCAAGGACACAAGGAAUGGCUGACAGAGGUUGAUUACCUUGGCCAACUUCACCACAAGAAUCUUGUUAAGCUCAUUGGUUAUUGCUCAGAUGGUGAUAACCGGCUUCUGGUGUAUGAAUUUAUGCCCAAGGGAAGUUUGGAGAACCAUCUGUUUAGAAGAGGCGCUGAUCCUUUGUCAUGGGCAAUAAGGCUCAAAGUUGCUAUUGGAGCCGCUAGGGGCUUGUCAUUUUUACAUGAUGCUGAAAACCAAGUCAUAUAUCGCGAUUUCAAGGCAUCAAAUAUUCUGCUCGAUUCAGAAUUCAACGCAAAACUUUCAGAUUUUGGCUUGGCAAAAGCUGGUCCAACUGGGGAUAAAACCCAUGUAUCCACACAAGUCAUGGGUACUCAUGGAUAUGCAGCUCCAGAGUACAUUGCAACAGGCCGCCUCUCUGCAAAGGCAGAUGUCUAUAGCUUUGGGGUGGUGUUGCUUGAAUUGCUCACUGGAAGAAGGGCCCUAGAUAAAUCAAAACCAGGCUUUGAGCAGAACCUAGUUGACUGGGCCAGACCUCACUUGGGCGACAAGCGCAGACUAUACCGUAUCAUGGACACAAAGCUGGGAGGACAGUAUCCAAAAAAAGGCGCAAAUGCCAUUGCAAGCAUUGCCUUGCAAUGCAUUUGCGGUGAUGCCAAGCUGCGGCCUCCUAUGUCGCAGGUGUUGGAAGAGCUGGAACAGCUACAAGAUGCCAAAUAUGGUUCACCAUCACCAUUAGUUGACAUACGGAAAGCUUCACACGCCGCCCCAAAAUCACCAAUGAGCACCACCCCAAAAUCGCCAAUGAGAGUUCAACCUCUACAAGAUGCCAAAUAUGGUUCACCAUCACCUUUAGUCGACAUACGGAAAGCUUCACAUGCCGCCCCAAAAUCACCAAUGAGCACCACCCCAAAAUCGCCAAUGAGAGUUCAACCUUCACCACGGCGCUCGCUUGGAACAGCAGCAGCAGCAUCCCCAUUGGCAGGAUAUCGCACUGCGCAAGUGCACUAG